UUGCACCAAAAGUUGCUUUCCACAUAGUUAAAAGAAUAGUUCUCCAGUGUCUAUGUUAGAGCGUGUUCUCUGGACCACAGAGGGACAUCUGGUGAUGUGCUUGUUGAGAGAAGGAAGUGUAAAGACAAAAUGGAGAAUGGAAGGGACGAAAACGAAUCAGAAGAAUCUCAUCAUUAUCAGAGGUUUGCCCGGAGUUGGAAAGGAGAACCAAGCAAGGAAGCUCCUCUAUAAAUUUGGAAGUGGAGGAAUGUACUCCGCUUCCUACUACCACGCUGGGUACAACUGGAACAAAGUCUACUUCUCACGUAACCAUAUGUGGAAUAGACGAGAUGUUUUUAGAGCCAUGAAGGAAGAUGUGGAUCCGAUCAUCGUUUACAACAUGCACUAUCGUCUUUAUGACAUGUGGCCCUUUGUCGCCAUGGGGAUGCGUCGGGGUGACUAUCAAAUCAGUAUUAUUGAGCUGCCGAAAGUUAUCCUGAAAACUAUGUCUCCAUCAACCAGCUGUACAGGUAAGAGACAACCUCUUCAUAGAUAUUUACAUUCAGCAACUGUCUUGGUAAGAUCCCCAAGCAGAUGUUCAGGUACUGGGGAGAUCGCUGGCAAGAAGCUUAUGACAUCUGGGAGUCUAUCACGAAGCUACUCCAUAGACCGCUGGCUGUAUAGCAGAGAGGAAUGGAACCUCUAGUGAAGACAACACACAACAGUACCUCCAUUUUGUGUGAACAACUUUUUUUUUUCUUUCUUAGCUUUUUCAAAACUACACUUUUUAAAGAGUAUCGGUUACCUAGCAACCCCUAGAACCCAACAACAACGACUCAUACCUUACUGUUGUAUUUGUCUUUCUUGCACUGACGCCUGUUUUGGUUGUGUCUGAUAUAAUUUCGUUGAGCAGCUGCUCUUGAUCGUUGUCUUGAAGCCACUGGCGUUUUGAAGUUCAGAAAGAGAAACUGUAAACUAAUAGAAAUAACUGUCCUCAGAU